AUGGAGCAUUUGAGGUACUUUAACACCAAAAUGGUUAUUUGUGGGGCGACGGAUGAGGUGAAGUGCAGACUGUUGCCAUCAACAUUCAAGGGAAUGGCGAUGCAGUGGUUUAUUAGACAAUCGCCUUUCUCAAUUGACAAUUUUACGGACUUGUCAACUAAGUUCUUAACUCAAUUCUCCGCCAACAAAACCACAAAAGCAACUAUGUUUGAUCUCAUCAGUAUACAUCAGCAGCCAGGAGAGAAGCUAAAGACCUACAUGGCGCGCUUCAGCAAGAUGGCUGUGCAAUUGGAGGAGGAUAACCCGGAUGUAUGUUUGGCGUCUUUCAAAAAUGGCCUCAGGGCGGGAGAUUUGAAUCGAGAUUUAACAAGACGCCCAACGCGGGAUAUGAUGGAUCUUCGCGCUCGAGUUCAGGAAUUCAUCUUAAUUGAGCAAGACGAUCAGAAAAAGCAAGAAAGGGAGGAAAGAAGAAAAGACGUCCGACCCGGUGUGGUUGCACAGGACAAACCCAAGGCUGGAAAAGAUACAAGGCUAGCUCAAAAUCCACGCACACCAAGGCCUGGCCCAUAUCAUAACUCUAAACCUGGAUUCCAGAAUACGUGGCAUAGAAAUCCCCAAGGCACCACCACAGCUCCGGCUGGUCAACAUGUUGCCUCGCCAAUUAAGGUUCCACUUACUAAACUGAAUGCACCCCUAAGCACCAUACUGAGGGCAGUAGGACAGACAAAUGUUGUGCAAUAUCCGCCACCACCUCGGCGACCACCAACCAAUGUGGACACAAACAGAUGGUGUGAGUACCACAAAACGUUGGAUCACACCACGAAUAAUUGUUGGAACUUGCGGAAGGAGAUCGACCGGCUAAUUAAGGCUGGACAUCUGGCAAAUUUUGUUAAAGAUGCAGCAACGCCAGAGGCCGCCAAGGUAACUCAAGCGGGCAAAGGAAAAGGAAAGGAGGUAGUAGAAGAAUUGGGCGACCCUGUAGGGGAAUGCUCAUCCAUUGCAGGAGGGUUUGGAGGAGGGGCGAUUUCUAGCAAGGCCAGAAAGCGUUAUGUGGCGGCAGUACAUUCCGUGCACGAAGCAUACGAAGGCGAAUGUUGGUUGAAUCACUCUCCAAUCACAUUCACCCCUCAAUAUUUUGCACAUGUAAUUCCUCAUGACAAUGACCCGAUUGUUGUAACAAUCAGAGUUAACAAUUACAUUACGAAGAAAGUGUUCUUAGAUCAGGGAUCUUCGGCGGACAUCAUUUAUGGUGAUGCCUUUAAUCGCUUGGGGCUAAAGGAGUCAGAUUUGAAACCAUAUAAAGGAACCCUGGUGGGAUUCACAGGGGAUCGUGUCAAUGUGCGAGGAUACGUGAAAAUACCAACAGCCUUUGGUGAAGGGGAAUUUGUAAGAAAUUUCAAGUCAAAUACCUAG